AUGGAUCAAAGAAUUUGUAUCAAAUUUUGCGUAAAAAAUGUAAUAAAGUGUAACAAAGUGUGUGAAAUGUUAACAAAGGCCUAUGGUGACUCUGCUAUGAGUAAAACAAGAGUUUACGAGAGGUAUAAGCGUUUCCAAGAUAGCCGUGAAGACGUUGAAGAUGACGAACGCCCUGGACGCCCCAGCACAUCAACAACCAAUGAAAAUGUGGAAAAAGUGAAAGAAAUGGUUAUGAACGAUCGCCGAAUCACAAUCAGAGAAGUCGCUGAUGAUGUUGGCAUAUCGAUUGGCUCAUGCCAUGAAAUUUUUUCGAAUGUUUUGGGUAUAAAACGCGUGGCAGCAAAAUUUGUUCCAAAAUUGUUGAAUUUUGAACAAAAACAGCGGCGAAUGGAAGUUGCUCAGGAGUCACUAAAUGAAGUCAACGACGAUGCAGAAUUACUGAAACGUGUUAUAACAGGUGACGAAACAUGG